AGCUAGAAGGCAAAAGAGAGAGAAGGAGAGGCAUAUUUGGGAGAGGAAGAAGAAGAGAAGACAGAGGACAAGGAGAAAAACAAAGGAGAAUGUGAGGAGCUUCUAGAUUUAUCUAAAGAGAUCUAUAGUGGCUUCGAGUUUCAGGCUUAUAGAAGUGUGAAUAUAGAGACUGCAGUGUGAUUGUAGAUAGUAGAGUGCCUCAGCCACCAAUUCUAUUAAUCUAAGAAGAACUGCAGAACAUAUUUUGGAUGUCCUUUGCAGUUUUAAAGCCUACAAUGGAUUCCUUUACCACUGUGAUUCGCUUCCUGACCAACCAGAAGACCACCAUUGGUUAUGGUGUCAUGGCCAUUGCCACCGUUGGUGGGGAAAGGCUUUUUUCAUUGUUUUCUUUCCAGUGUCCCUGCAACACUGAGCAGAAUUUCAGCUAUGGUCUGACGUAUAUGCUCGGGCCUGCCUUGGUGCUGCUGACAGUGGGUUUGUUUCUCAGCACGUCUCUGUGGCGCCUUUACACAGGCUGCUGUUUGAACCCCAUGAAGCUUUGCCCCAGGGGAAACUUUAUAGGAUGCACGUCCAUCCUUAUCAGAGCUCUGGUGGGUGCUCUAGUAGCUCCAAUCAUGUGGCUGAGCGUAGCUCUGCUAAAUGGAACCUUUUACGAGUGCGCAGUCAGCGGGCUAGAGGAUAAGGUGAUUGUUGACCUUUUCUGUAAGAACAAAACCAGCACAUGUAGAGCGGAGUUGGCCAAAGUGCCAUGCAAAACAUCAAAUUUACCUGUAGCUGAGACCAACGACCUGCUGCUGAUGCUCAGAGCGCAGUCUCAGAUCCUGGGCUGGGUCCUCAUUAUAACAUCAGCUUUGGCCGGACUGAUUGGGACAUGCUAUAAAAACUGCCGCUCUCAGGUGAGUUACCUGCAGCUCACUUUCUGGAAGAUCUACAUGCAGAAGGAGAGGGAGAAGUUUGACUCAUUUGCAGAAGACUACGCCACCAAGCUGGCCGAGCGGAACCUCAAGAGUUUCUUCGACGAUAAGGACCCGGAAGCCUUUCCUUUUCCCAAUCACACAGCCUGGGAGCAGGUUUCAGCUGUUUACACGUAUAAACACAGCGAUCAGUGCUACAGCACCCUGCAGAAAUACGUGGAGCGACCUGAUCGAGAUUACAGCACAGAGAAAACACCGCUGCAGAUGGAACACAGCCUGGAGUAGAGACAGUAGGAAUAGAUGUGGACUGAUUUUUGUUAUCUCCUGAAAUCUACUUAAUACUUGUGUGUGGUUUUAUAUACUAAAAACAUUAUAUACAUUAUAUACUAAAAACAUCAUAAUUCAUAUUUAAAUGAACAUUUCUAACCUCUCUUUUUGCCUUAGAAUUAAACAGGCUACGACCCUGUGUGCUGGGAUUAGUUUUCAAUGGGGAGGUGGGGUAAUGCCAGUUUACCUUAGGACGUCUGUGAUGUUUAAAAGUGAUUUGCAUGGGAUAAGAAAUCACAGUCUGGGAAUGGCUACUUGAUUUACACACACCACCUUCGCUCCAGGAAAGAGUAGAUAAGAUGUUGAAACAUUUCAUUUAGCCAUUAUUUUGUUUACUCUUGCCUUUCUGUCUCAAGUGGAUGCAGUGUGUUUAUAGCAUCAGCAUUAGCUUGGAAAUUAACUGCAUAAAAUCUAAAUUCUUCUGUAAUUUUACAAAUGCUAAGUUGUUGUACGUGCGAGACAGGACAGUAACAUUAUAUAUAUCGGCUUGAAUUUAACUGCAGAGAAGAAUGAGGCUUCUUAUUCGCCAGCUUCUUGUUCAAAUUUUCUCAUUCCACCUUAAAUUCAGCAGCUUCAUUCUGGCGCUUCAGGUCUUAUAGUAAUAACUGCCACACUAUUUAAGGUGGAAUGGGAAAAUAUGAACAAGAAGUUGGUGAAUAAGAAGCUGACUUCAGUUUCGUCAGAUAACUUGAGUAAACGCUCCUUCAAAUGUCUUCAUACUUAGGAAACUCAUUUUCCACAAAAUAUGAUAGCAUUUCACCGACACGUCGAUCUGCAAAGGACUAAUAUAAGCUGAGGUCAUUUUUAGGGCUCAUUUUACAGAAGGUAAAAGAGGUCAGAAUCAUAAAAUGACUGACAUGGCGCAUUCAGACAUGAUUAAAAUCACUAAGAAAUGCCAGUAAUAAUUACAUUAUCCCCCUUUCUCAUGUAAAACUAAUCCCAUCCAAAUAGGGCUUAACACUGAUAUAUGCAAAUAAGCUCUGUUCAGAUUAGUUGCCCUAUAUUGUGGCUUAUUCAAAAAGAAGUAUUGGCUAAAAUGUAAAGUAAGAGGGGCUAAGUUGAAUGAGCACUAAAUAUGUGAUGUCAUAUGGUACAUUUUGAAACUAAAACAAAAUCUGUACUUAGUAUAUCAAGAAUAAAAAAAAAAUAGAAAGAAAAUAUCUUUAAAACUUUA